CAUCUCUUCUAAUGCUUUGAAUCACAUGGACAGUUUUAGUUUGAUGUUAACCUGUCAAGAAUUCUGCAUGCAGGGUUGGCUUUGUCUUAGUGGGUAAAGAUGUUUGCUGCCAAGUUUGAUAACCUAAAUUUGAUUACUGGAAAGAGAAAAUCAACUCCCACAUGCAAGCCAUGGCAUACUCAAAGCCUGUAUUCAAUCCUUCUCCCGCCCCUCCCAAUAAAAAUAAUUCCUGUCAACAUAAUUUUUAUAUUCUUUCUCCAUUUAAGGAAAGCCGAUAUCUCCUUGACAUACCAUGGCCAUUGUCACAGCAGGUGUGGUUACUUGCACAAGAUAGAACCCCAUCAUGUUGAGGUGGGAGAGUCUUGGGAAAGCCCCUCCCUGAAGACCUAUUGGCAGUAGUUGCUAGAGGAAAGAGGUGUCAUUUUCUUCAGUGUUGUAGUCACCCAUUUAGUUGCCCUGGUAAAUAAACCCCUAAUCUAUGCUCUUGCAAGCAAACCCAGUUCAGUAGGUCAUAAAACAAACACAAGGAAGUACAUGGAGGAACUUGUUGGGAAGAAGUGGAAAUGAGGAGGGGGGGAAUAAAACGGCAAUGGGAGGUGAAUAUAAAAGUACAGUAUAGGGUCAAGGAUUGAAGCUGGUCGACUGCUAGCAUGUUCAAAUCACUGGGUUCAAUUCCUAGCACCGAACAAACUGAGCAUGGUUCCUCUAGCCUAUUUCUCGCACUCAAGAGGUGUGGGUGGGCAGAUAAGACCUUCAAGGCCAGCAUUGGCUAGAAACUCUGUUUCAACAACAGCAAAACCCCAAACAAACUCAAAAUACAUGAUAUACAUAUAUGAAGUUGUUAAAAAAAAAAAUAAAAAGCCAGGCGUGGUGGUGCUUGCCUUUAAUUCCUUGCACUUGGUUGGUAGAGAGAGCCCGGAGGGCUACAUAGUGAGACCCUGCCUCAAAAAAGAAAGUUAAUGAGUAAAACAAAACAGGGAAAAAUGUAAAGUAAGCUGUAAUGACUAGGUCAGUAUGUGCGCUCGUAUUAUAAGUUCGAAAGAACGAAACACGUCUCUCUCCCGGUCCCACGACUCAGCUGCCUCUGCGGGCAUCUGCGGGCGAGGCCUGCCACUCGAGGAGGCGUGGCCUGAUGUCUAGGGGGCGUGACCCGAGGCGAGCAGGAAGCGGGAGCCGGUCGCCUCACACGCAGGCGUUACUGGUCGUUCGGGGUCACGUGAGCGCGCAGGCGCAGCGCGACGGAGCCCCGCUCCCUCACACAAAGCCCGGACGCGAAGAAAAUGGCGGCAGGGGUCGAAGCGGCAGCCGAGGUGGCAGCGACAGAGCCCAAAAUGGAGGAAGAGAGCGGCGCGCCCUGCGUGCCGAGCGGCAACGGAGCUCCAGGCCCGAAGGGUGACGAACGACCUACUCAGAAUGAGAAGAGGAAGGAGAAAAACAUAAAAAGAGGAGGCAAUCGCUUUGAGCCAUAUGCCAACCCAACUAAAAGAUACAGAGCCUUCAUUACAAAUAUACCUUUUGAUGUGAAAUGGCAGUCACUUAAAGACCUGGUUAAAGAAAAAGUUGGUGAGGUAACAUACGUGGAGCUCUUAAUGGACGCUGAAGGAAAGUCAAGGGGAUGUGCUGUUGUUGAAUUCAAGAUGGAGGAGAGCAUGAAAAAAGCUGCUGAAGUUCUAAACAAGCAUAGUCUGAGUGGAAGGCCACUGAAAGUCAAAGAAGAUCCUGAUGGUGAACAUGCAAGGAGAGCAAUGCAAAAGGUGAUGGCUACGACUGGUGGGAUGGGUAUGGGACCAGGUGGCCCAGGAAUGAUUAAUAUCCCACCCAGUAUCCUAAAUAAUCCUAACAUCCCAAAUGAGAUUAUCCAUGCAUUACAGGCUGGAAGACUUGGAAGCACAGUAUUUGUAGCAAAUCUGGAUUAUAAAGUUGGCUGGAAGAAACUGAAGGAAGUAUUUAGUAUGGCUGGUGUGGUGGUCCGAGCAGACAUUUUGGAAGAUAAAGAUGGCAAAAGCCGUGGAAUAGGCACUGUGACUUUUGAACAGUCCAUUGAAGCUGUGCAAGCUAUAUCUAUGUUUAAUGGCCAGUUGCUGUUUGAUAGACCGAUGCACGUCAAGAUGGAUGAGAGGGCUUUACCAAAGGGAGAUUUUUUUCCUCCUGAACGUCCACAGCAACUUCCCCAUGGACUUGGUGGUAUUGGCAUGGGGUUAGGACCUGGAGGGCAGCCUAUUGAUGCUAACCACCUGAACAAAGGCAUUGGAAUGGGAAACCUAGGACCUGCAGGAAUGGGAAUGGAAGGCAUAGGAUUUGGAAUAAAUAAAAUUGGAGGCAUGGAAGGACCCUUUGGUGGUGGUAUGGAAAAUAUGGGGCGAUUUGGAUCCGGGAUGAACAUGGGCCGAAUAAAUGAAAUCCUAAGUAAUGCACUGAAGAGAGGAGAGAUCAUUGCAAAGCAGGGAGGAGGUGGAGCUGGAGGCAGUGUCCCUGGGAUCGAGAGGAUGGGCCCUGGCAUUGACCGCAUUAGCGGUGCUGGCAUGGAGCGCAUGGGCGCAGGCUUAGGCCAUGGCAUGGAUCGAGUGGGCUCUGAGAUUGAGCGUAUGGGCCUGGUCAUGGACCGCAUGGGCUCAGUUGAGCGCAUGGGCUCCGGCAUCGAGCGCAUGGGCCCACUAGGCCUUGACCACAUGGCCUCCAGUAUUGAGCGCAUGGGCCAGACCAUGGAGCGCAUUGGUUCUGGUGUGGAGCGCAUGGGUGCCGGCAUGGGCUUCGGCCUGGAGCGCAUGGCCGCACCCACUGACCGUGUGGGCCAAACCAUUGAGCGCAUGGGCUCUGGUGUAGAGCGAAUGGGUCCUGCCAUUGAGCGUAUGGGCCUAAGCAUGGAUCGAAUGGUGCCCACAGGCAUGGGGGCCGGCCUGGAGCGCAUGGGUCCUGUGAUGGAUCGAAUGGCCACCGGCCUGGAGCGCAUGGGCGCCAACAACCUGGAGCGCAUGGGCCUGGAGCGCAUGGGAGCCAACAGUCUUGAGCGCAUGGGCCUGGAGCGAAUGGGCGCCAACAGCCUGGAACGUAUGGGCCCUGCCAUGGGCCCAGCAUUGGGCGCUGGUAUUGAGCGAAUGGGCCUGGCCAUGGGUGGAGCCGGCGGUGCUAGCUUUGACAGAGCCAUUGAGAUGGAACGGGGCAACUUUGGAGGAAGCUUCGCUGGUUCCUUUGGCGGAGCUGGAGGCCAUGCACCUGGAGUAGCCAGGAAGGCUUGCCAGAUAUUUGUGAGAAAUCUCCCAUUUGAUUUUACAUGGAAGAUGCUAAAGGACAAAUUCAAUGAAUGUGGCCACGUGCUGUACGCCGACAUCAAGAUGGAGAACGGAAAGUCCAAGGGGUGCGGUGUGGUUAAGUUUGAGUCUCCAGAGGUGGCUGAGAGAGCCUGCCGGAUGAUGAAUGGCAUGAAGCUGAGUGGCCGAGAGAUUGAUGUUCGAAUUGAUAGAAAUGCUUAAGCAGUUGCCUUUUUUAAACAUCAAUACCAGACCUCUGAAUUUGUAUUUUUUCUUGUUAACCAUUUUAAUUUGUUGGCUGGAUGUAUAAAGAUGUUUAAAAAAUUCAGUUGCUUUUUGGGGUAAUUUGAAUUUUUUAAUGAUUGGGGUUCCAUUUGACUGUUUGCAUUGAGAUUGCAAUGUGCGCAAUUUUUUUUGUAGUUGUGGCAUCUUGUUGACAUCAAAUAUGACUUUGAUAAUAAAUACCAGUUCCUGAAA